AUGAACUCAUUUAGACGAUUCAUCAUGAAUUUUAAGAAAUACGCUAACUUUACUGAAGAAAAUCCAGUAAAUUUGCCUUAUUCAAUCGAAGGAAUCUUUACAUCGAUAGCAUUAUCAUAUGAAUUUUCAGGUAUCUUCCUUAACAUAUCAAAUCUUAAAGCAGAAUAUGCAAUAUACGGUGUAGUUAUUUCGAUAUUAUUAAUUUUCAGUCAUUACAUGUGGCGAAGCAUCCAUAGGCUUCCUCCAUCGCUUCUACAACGUAACUCGAUAUCAAUACUAUCAAUUGUUCUUAUUUGUUCCUUUGAUGCAUCGAUAAUUAACUCAUUAACAGAUAAAUUCGUUACACAGCUUUGUCCACCUUAUUUAAAAUACUUUCUGAUCGUUUGCUAUUUACUGCUAUUUCUUGUUGAAGUAAUGCCAGAAAUGGUCAGAUUUGUAAUCGCGAUUCCGAAAGAAAAAAGGACAACGUCAGCAUUAUUAUAUACAUUAUUUGGCCUCAUAUCAAUAUUUAUUUGUUGCCGUUUGAUUGUUUCGUUUAGUUUUAUCCCACUUUUGUUUACCGCUGGUCCUUGGUUUGCUCAGGUUAUAUUGAAUGCUGUUUCAGGAUUCAAUGCAAACCUUGGAUUCAAAACCCUUGCUUUCUUUUCAAUUUCCAGAGCGAUUUAUUUUGCAUAUUCAUUUUUGUACACAAAGAGCAUUUUCAAUGCCUAUUCUAUUCCAAAAUAUAUAUUUGUUAUUAUCAUACUACUAACACAACUCAUUGUUCUUCCAUUUCAAAGUUACAUUUCAGCAUUUCUUCUUUCCAAGAAGAAACCUCAAUAUUCCAAACGUGAUCCACCGGAAGGAGCAAUCUGUCCCAUCUGCCUUCUACCUGUUACGAUGGGAGAUCCGAUAACUACUCCAUGUAACCAUACUCUUCACUUAAACUGCUUGAAGAGAUGGCUGGAGCAGAAAUAUACAUGCCCUGUUUGUAGAUCCGAUCUCCCAGAAUUACCUUUAACCAUGAAAUAA